GUCUAGCCACCCCAACCCCAACCCCUCCUCUCUACACUGCAGGCGAUCGCAACCACCGCCCUCUCCCAAAGCCGCAUUGAAGCCACACAAGAUGCCCUACAACACUCCCUCAAGGAGGGGAGGAUCCGCAAAGAAGGCGUUCACGCCUCGCAAGCGAGGUUUAUUUGAAGACGGCCAAUGGCUCUGCGAGUGCACGCCGCGGAAACCUGCCCUCUGCCUGACGGUGAAGAAGGAUAGCCCGAACAAGGGCAAGCGCUUCUACACAUGCCAGGACAACCCAAAGAAAUGCGACUUCUUCCUCUGGGAGGAAGAGGCAAUGAAGCGCGAGCGCGAUGCCCUCAUGCUCCACAACUGCCGCUCCGAAAAUGGUGUCACCACGAGCGUGCGGGCCAAGACACCAGAGCCUGCGCCUCCUCUGAACCUGACCGGGCCCGGGUCAAAACCAGCUGCGCCGACUAUCUCCCAGUACUUCGACAGGCCGGGAGGGUCCAAGCAACGUAUCUUCAGGGGAAUUGACGGCCCCCACGAUGAGUUUCCCUCACAAUCCAGCGACACCGAGGACGACGUACCGGAACCGAGCCAAACGCUGCGCGGCUCGAAUUCAUCCAAGUCCCUCAGCUCCGACGCCAGAUCUGGCAGGCCCGGUGGCGGUAUCCAGGCGCGACCAGGAGGCAGGGCAACGGAGCCCGUGACGCCGACGGCAAAGCGCAAGCGCAGCGUCUUCCCGGACGACAGCGACGACGAGUUCGGGGGCGACGACCUCGAGGACUCGGAUACGGAGCGGCAGCUCGCGGCGAUCACGGAUGAGAGCGCGCGGAAGCAGCAGCGCACGAAGGAUGCUUACGCGACCCCUGCUGGUGGCGGCGGCGGCCAGAACGGGCUCCUCCCGACGCCUGUGAGCAGGCGGCCUGGCUUGCUCGUCGGGUCGGAGGAGCGCGAGCGCUCGGCGAAGCGGCAGCGGCAGGGUGGUGGUCGUGAAGAAGAAGGAGAUGAUGAUGACGAGACGCGACCAUAUCCUGGGCAGGUAUCGCGGGACCCGGAGACGCCCACGCCGUACCGCAAGACCGACGCACUCACCAACACCACCACCACCCCCGAGACGGCCAGGAAAGCCGCCGCAUCAACGACGGCGGCCGCGGAAGACUUCCCCAAGAUCGCGGACGAGGUCAUGUCUAUGCUGUCCGCGCAGCCCGUGUCCGAGUCGACGAAGCGAACGCUUAGGGCGGCCAUGGAGCGGCACGAGGCGCGGGUCAGGGGCAUUGUGAGGGGCCGGGACGCCGCGAGGGCGGGCAUCGCCGAGCGGGAUAUCAGGAUUGCCGAGCUGCAGGCCCGGAUCGUGGCCCUUGAGAACGGGCGGAAGAUGGACAAGAUGAGGCUAAAGGAGCUCAGCUCGGGGCUGUUGAAGCUGAGCCAGGAGGAGUGAGGUGGGGCUGGUCAUUUUCUGUCUGCUUGGUCGGAUAGAAGACGGCAUGGCUGGCUGGCUGGCUGGCUGGAUGUAUGGCUAAUUUGCGUGUUUGGUAACGCACAUAGUGAGCUAGGCUGGGGCUAUAUUUGCGACAGCCUCAUAGGAUACCCCUUUUGACUUUCUUCAGAUGCAAGUACCUAAACAUCAUGAUGAG